AUGGCACUUUAUCUUUACUUUGGCAGUGUACUUAUAUCUGCUAUUGUUGUUUUUACAUUUCGUGAUCGUUUACAAGCCUAUGGUUGGGUUUAUUGGGCACCAAUGACAACAGCACUUGUUUCCGAUUCAUCUGAAGGUAGUACACUUCGUCUAUCAUUUCAUCGUUUAAUGGCUGUUUUACUUGGUUCAACAUAUGCAUAUGUUGUUAUACUUGUUACACAAAAUCAUAUUGCUGUUGGAGCAUGUAUUUGUAUAUUUGUUGGUUUAAUGGGAUAUCUUAAAACUGAUCCAAGAAAAGAAUAUUUUGCUAGUGUUUGUGCUCAAUCAGCGUCAAUUAUAACAUUUCUUUCUAAUAAUCAACAAGGACAAAUGAGUGCAUCCAAUAAAGCUGUUUUAGCUCGAACAAGUUUAACAUUUUUAGGUAUAUUUAUUCAUGUUUUUAUUUCUAAUCUUUUCCUACCAAUAACAGCUCGUGCAAUAAUUAAAAAAAAAGUAUCCAUUAUGAUUAAUAAUGUAUCUGCAAGUUUAAAAGCUUCUACUGAUGAUUUUUUUACAUUUAUUGGUCCAACAAUGACAGAACAACAAAAGUCAUCAAAUAAAUCAUCAUUUAAUUUAGUCAAAACUCUUGGUGAAACAGAACGUAUUGCCGAUAGUUUUUCCACGUUACUUGAAGAAGCAUUAAAUGAACCAAAUUUUUGGAAACGGCCAUUUAUACAAAUGAAAAAUCGUUAUGAAGAAAUAGCUAAAUCAUUACGUCGUAUCAGUGUUGAUAUACGUUUUGUUCAUCGAUGUACAACAAUUUUAAAAGCUGAAUCAAAAUUACAUUUUGCUCAAGAAGCAAAAUGGCAAAUACGUCGAGCAAGUGUUGCUGCUAUAAGUAAUUCAACUGAUACAAGACAAGGUCGUUCAUGGACAAUACGAGAAUUACGUAAUGAACAACAAUUACAAGAUGAUCUUGAUAUACCUUUAACAAUAUUUAUGAGUUAUUCACCACAUUCAACACCAAAAUUUCCACAAAAAGCACUUAUAUCGAAUAAUUCCUCUGCAUCACUUCGUUUAGCUCAUACAAUUCUUUAUCAACCAUUACUUGAUCAUAUUCGUACACUUGAAAAUCAUAUUCAACGUGUCUUAUCAUUAACAGCAGAAUUAAUUCUUAAAAAAACAACUGUUGAUGUUGGAUCAUAUGAAUUACAGCAAUUAUGUCGAGAAGAUUCGGAUGAACAGGAAACAAGACUGUUAAAAAAUCAACGACCAAUAAAUCGUGAACCAUCAUUAUUUAUUGUACCAAAAUUUGAAUCAUUACCAUUAGUUAAAAAUCAUUAUAGAUGUUUUUCUUGUUUUGAUAACAUCGAAGAGGAUCAUGUACCAUUACCAUCAUUACGUAAUGCUGUUGAUUUAAUGCUUGCAUCGUUAGUACAAUUUUUAUAUGCAAAUGAUCGUUUUAUUCGUACAGAAUUUGUGUCAAAUCAAUCGAUUGGUGAUGUUUUAGCAUUUCAUACUUUAUCAUAUGCAAUUAAAGAUAUGGUUGAAGCAACAACAAAUUUAGCUAAAAAUGCUCGACGUCUUAAACAUAUUGAUACACGUACAUUAAUACGAGAAGAACGAGAAGAACGGAUUCCAUUGCAAGAAGAUGUAUGA